AUGUCCAAGGUAAUGCGAAGUGUCAAAAAUGUGACCAAGGGUUAUUCCAGCGCCCAGGUCAAGGUCCGAGAAGCUACUAGCAAUGAUCCAUGGGGUCCGACGGGUACCCAGAUGAGCGAGAUUGCUCAAAUGACAUACAACACAUCAACCGAGUUUUACGAGAUCAUGGACAUGAUCGAUAAGCGCCUGAACGAUAAAGGCAAGAACUGGCGUCACGUCUUGAAGGCACUCAAGGUUUUGGAUUAUUGUCUCCACGAAGGCUCAGAACUUGUCGUCACAUGGGCUCGCCAGAGCAUCUAUAUCAUCAAGACUCUCCGUGAAUUCCAGUAUGUUGAUGAGGAAGGUCGUGACGUAGGACAGAAUGUCCGAGUUGCCGCCAAGGAGUUAACCUCCCUUAUUCUUGACGAAGAAAGAUUGCGAGCCGAGCGAAGCGACCGAAGAUCCUGGAAGUCGCGCGUUACUGGCCUCGAAGAGUUCGCCCCUCAGCACGCUGAACCUGUGCACCAGGCAAACCGACGACAGCAGCCAAGAAGACAAAUGAAUGAAGAGGAAGAUGCUGAAUAUCGCCUGGCUCUCGAAGCAAGCAAGUACCAGGAGGAGGAAGACAGAAAGAAGCGCGAGAGCCGGCCCGAGGACGAUGACGAUCUUGCGAAAGCAAUCAAGCUUAGUGAGGAAGAAGAGGAACGAAGGCGCAAGGAGCUAGAGAACAGUAAUGCUGCUUCCCUCUUCGACGAUGAUCCCACGCCUUCGCAGCAGACCAGUCAGCCACAGUACACUGGUUUCAAUCAGGGUUACCAGCAAGGCAACCCCGUUGACUUCUUUGCCAACCCUAUUGAACAGAACCAGCCUCAGCCUACUGGCUAUAUGAACAACGCCUACACUGGUUUCCAGCAGCCUCAGCCUACUGGUUUCCAGCCAAACUACAACCCAGGCUUUGGGGGCCAACAGACUGGCAUGGGUUUCGACCCAUUUGGCCAGCAGCAGCAGCAGCCUCAACAACAGCAAAGCUUCCAGCCUCAACCAACUGGUUACAACCCAUACCUGCAACAACAGCAGCAGCAGCAGCAGCAGCCUCAACAGCAAUCCUUCUCCUCACCAGCGUCUCCCGAGCCUACUCUCCAGCCUGGUAGCAAUAACCCUUGGGCAACCAGCAACAGCCAGCAGCAAUCGAUGCAACCAACCCCUACUGGCUCCAACAACCCCUUCGCCCAGUUUGGCCGUCCCCAAUCCGCUCGACCAAACCCCAUGUCAUCCUUGGGAGCGCUACCCGAACAGAAGAGCCUCAACUCAUUCGGCAACCAGUCUCAACCUCAACCCCAGCUACAGCAACAAAACAGCUUCCCUAUGCAAUCGCAGAACAGCUUCCCUCAGUCGCAACCCUCAUUCAACGCUCCUCAAAAGGAGAUGAGCGAGCACGAGACUCGACUCAACACUUUGCUUGCCAGUGGCGAUGGCAUGGAUACCUUUGGUAACACAGGCAACCUACGUAUUCCUGCUCAACAUACGGCUCCUGGCACAUUUAUCAACAGUGCUGGCUCAGGUGCUGCUCGCAUUAACGCUGAGGCCACCGGAAACAACCCUUUCCUACGACAACAGUUCACAGGCAUGCCCACAGUUAACUAUGGUGCUCAGAUGCCAGCCGCUACCGGACCUGCAGGUAUGAAUGGCCAGACUAACAACCCCUUUGCCCAUCAACAGGCACCGCAGCAACAACAGCAAAACAAUGACUUGAUCCAAUUCUAA